AUGGGCGCCACCCUUGUCGCUGAUAUUCCCGACCCAAGCCAGAUGUCGAAUGGGUCCAUUGACAUGUCGGCCAAUGGCCAGGCUGGCAAUGUUGAUUUCAAGUCUUUCGAGAUCUCCGGUCUUGCAGCUGAUCAAGGGUCCACUUCGACAGGGAUGAGGGAGGAAUUCCUGCUUCUGUCAUGGCUCAUCGUGCUCCUGCGGACACGGGAAGACAGCCAAAUCACAUUCGAAUGGGCUUACAAGUCUGCUUUUGAGCAGGACGCUUCGAAAAGAUGUCUGUCGAUGGACAAAGUGAUGACGGGAUUGCAAGACGGCGUUGGAAAAGUCGCCGCAGCAAUCUCUGAUGAUCUUGCACAAGGCCAGGGCGCAGUCGCGUCCGGUCCUGCCUCGCUCCUCUUGAGCAGCAGCUCUUUGUCUAGGACGUCUGAGGAAGCGAAAGAUGAAGGUGUGCUUCACCUCGAAGUCCGCUUUGAUGAUGGCCGGGUCGACAUCCGUCCGGUGUGGCAAUCCGAGAACAUGCUACAAUUCACAGUGACACGGCACGUUGACGUACUGUUUGAGACUCUGAAAAUGUGCAUUUCAAAUCCCGAAGCUUCCAUUCAAGAUUGCCUCAGGCCUACCGCACGGGAUCUGGACGACAUAUGGGGAUGGAACCACGAGCUGCCCCCUACGUACGACUUUUGCAUGCACGACAUGGUGUCAAAGCGAGCGCAAGCAUCACCGGACAAGGUGGCUAUCUCGUCCUGGGACGGCACCUUGACGUACGCCCAGAUCGACAAUUAUUCGACAUUCAUAGCGUGCUCGCUGAAGGAGGCGGGCGUCAAGUUGCACGACGUCGUACCCGCAUGUUUUGAGAAAUCAAGAUGGGCUAUCGUCGCUGUGCUCGCCAUAAUGAAAUCGGGCGCAACUUUUGCCCUCAUGGAUCCCACGCUUCCGCUUGCCCGCCUGCAGAACAUGGCCGUUCAAGUGGGCGCGAAGGCGAUGCUGACGUCGCGCAAGCAGCAUGACCUCUCGACUGAGAUCCUGCCGGCCGGGACGCACAUUGUUGUCGAGGAGGACGCAUUCGCAGGAUUCUCCCCUCUGGAUGUCCUUCCGGAGCUGCAACCCGUCCCACCGUCCGCUCUGAUGUAUAUCAUCUUCACGUCUGGCAGCACCGGCACUCCAAAGGGCGUCACAAUCUCCCACAGAACCUACUCGAGCAGUGCCAUUCCUCGGGCGAAAGCAGUCGGCUACUCGGAAGAGUCGCGGGUUCUCGACUUUGCUUCGUACGCUUUCGACGUCAGCAUCGACAGCAUGCUGCUCACGACCGGAAACGGCGGCUGUCUCUGUAUUCCCUCCGACGAGGACCGGUUGAACGACAUCAACGGCGUGAUCCGCAACAUGCAGGUAAACUACGCUGGUAUCACGCCUUCGGUGGCCCGGAUCUUGGAGCCGGAUGUGAUUGCCUCCCUGCACGGGCUGGGCCUUGGAGGAGAGGCAGCUGCGCCCAGAGAUGUCAACCUGUGGGGCCGCGAGACCAGGAUCAUCAUUGGUUACGGUCCUUGCGAAUGCACCAUUGGCUGCACUGUCAACAGUGACACUGCUACCGGCAGGGACUACAUUUCCAUCGGCACGGGUAAUGGCGCUGCCAUGUGGAUCGUGGACCCGAACAACCACGAAGUGCUUGUCCCGGUUGGCGCUGUCGGCGAGCUGCUCGUGGAGGGCCCGAUUGUUGGCCAAGGCUACCUUAACGACCCUGAGAAAACCGCUGCCGCUUUCAUCGAGGACCCUGCUUGGCUUGUCGCUGGUCACAAAAACUAUGCGGGCCGAAGCGGGCGUCUGUACAAGACCGGAGAUCUUGGCAAGUUUGAUCCUGAUGGCUCCGGCGGAAUUCUGUUCGCUGGCCGCAAAGACACGCAAGUCAAGCUUCGUGGCCAGCGUGUCGAGCUCGGCGAGAUUGAGAGUCAGCUUAGAGCCAGGCUGCCGUCGGACACCAAUGUGAUCGCGGAAGUGAUCGUGCCCCAGGGAGCCGGAGGUCAGCCAACACUGGUGGCAUUCGUCGCGUCCCAGGCUACCAAGGGAUACGUGGACAGCGAGCUUAGCUCUGUGCAACUACCCGGCGAACUCCGCGCUCAGCUUUCCACGGCGAAUGCGGAGAUGGCAAAGGUUGUGCCGCGCUACAUGGUGCCGACCGCUUACAUUCCCGUCAACCUCAUUCCUGUCUUGAUUUCGGGCAAGACGGACCGCAAGCGGUUGAGGCAAUUUGGGCAGACGGUCGACUUGCGCCAGUUGGACCAGGGCACGACGACUACCACUCGCGAGCUCAGUGAACUCGAAAAACGGCUUCGGCAGGCCUGGAGCCAGGUUUUGAGUAUCGACGCUGAGAGCAUCCGGCCCGACGACAACCUAUUCGCACUGGGCGGUGACUCGCUGGCGGCGAUGAGGCUCGUGUCUGUCUGCAGAGCCGAUGGCCUCGAUCUCUCUGUCAUCAGCACCUUUGCGAACCCUACGCUCGCGGCCAUGGCCAACGUCGUGCAAAUUAUUGACUCAGAAGCACACACGGAGCUGUCACCGUUCUCUAUGAUCGCUCAAGACGUCGAUAGCGCCCGUCUCGAGGCUUCUGUGGCAUGUGCAACGGAGCCUGAUGCCGUUGAAGACAUUUACCCGUCCACGCCCACGCAGCAGAACCUCUUCACUUUUGCACUCAAGUCGGACAAGGCGUACAUUGCACAACGCGUGGCUCGCAUCCCGUCGGAGCUGGAUCUCGAUGCGUGGAAGCAGGCGUGGGAGGAGGUCGUUGCAGCCAACCCCAUCCUGCGCAGCCGUUUGGUGCAGCUCCAGGAGCCGGGCCUUCAGCAAGUUGCCCUGAAGGAGGGUAUCGCUUGGAGGGAGUCUGCGGAUCUGGCGCAAUACCUCGAGGAUGACCGCAAGGAGAAGAUGGAGCUUGGUCAGAGCCUUGCAAGGUACGCCAUUGUCACGGCACCAGGCGAUGAGCAGCGGUACAUGGUCUGGACGAUUCACCAUGUCCUCUACGACGGAUGGUCGGAGCCGCUGGUGCUCGAGCAGGUCAGGACCGCGCUGCAACACCAGCAACUCCAGAUCCCGGCGCAGAUGCGGGACUUUGUCGGCUGGGUGCGCAGCACCGACGAGGCCGCCAUGCAGGACUUCUGGCGACAGGAGCUGAAGGGUGCUGUUGGGCCACAGUUCCCACGCUUGCCGUCCCGCGACUACCUCCCGACGCCCAGUGCCACCGUCGAGCGGCAGAUUCCACUCGGCGAGGCGGGUGCUGGCUGGCCCUUCACCAUGGCGACGCUGAUUCGCGGCGCGUGGGCUCUCGUGGCUUCGCAGUACGCGGGCAGCGACGACGUCGUCUUUGGCGAGACGCUGACGGGGCGCGACAUUGCGCUGGCCGGCGUCGAGAGCAUCGUUGGUCCGCUGAUCGCGACGGUGCCGGUGCGCAUCCGCAUCCAGCGCAGCAGCAGCAUCGAAACCUACCUGCAGGCAGUGCAGCAGGACGUCAUGGCGCGCACGCCCUACCAGCACAUGGGCUUCCAGAACAUCCGCCGCGUCAGCAGCGACGCCCAGCGCGCCUGCGAGACUGGCACCGGUCUGGUCAUCCAGCCGGAGCCGGAGUACGUCGGCGACGACCUGGGCUUUGACCACGGCGACGUCGUGCGUGAGGCCCUUCACUUCAACGCGUACCCCGUCAUGCUGGCGUGCGGGAUCCGCAAGGGCGGCUUCCGCGUUUGCGUUAGUUUCGACAAGAGCCUCGUCGAAGUCAAACAGAUGCGCCGCAUGUUGGCGCAGCUGGAGACGGCGUGCUUGCAGCUGCUCAAGGGUCCGCUUUCCAGGCGCAUCGAUCAGGUCUCGUGCCUGCCCGAGGAGGAGCUGGACCAGAUCUGGCGCUGGAACCAGGCAGCUCCUUUGGCCGUUGAAGAGGCUUCGGGGAGCUUGAGGGCGGAUGCAGGCAUCAAGCCUGGGUCCAUCUACCCUCGUGCGGUGGUGCCUUGGGUGUGCGAUUCGCGCAACCCUGAACUGCUGGCUCCAUUCGGCUGUGUUGGCGAGCUCUGGCUCGAAGGCGCUUUCCUUCCCGGCGCGGUUGUCGAUUCGCCGGCUUGGCUCAUGGCAGGAAGCUCUGCUUGCGCUGGUCGGAAGGGUAAAGUCCUGCCGACUGGCGAUAUGGUUCGCUUGCAGGAGGAUGGCAGUGUGGUGUUUGUCCGUCGCAAGGACAAUGUCUUGAAGAUCCAAAACCAUGCUGUGGAUGUUGCGGACUUUGACGCGCUGUUCUCGAGACAUCUCCCGCCGACCGUGUUCGCCGCUGUGGCAUUGUUCCAGUCGUCGGCGCAGCAGGAGCUGGUUGUCUUUGUCGAGCAGCCCGCCUUUGAGGACGAUGGCGUCGAGGUUAUCUCGGCGGCGCACGACGUCGCGGGCGUGCAGAUUCGCGAUCGCAUCCCUGCCAGCCUUGCCGUGGCGCUGAAGAAACUCGACAAGGCCAUCCAGGACUCGCUCGAGUCGUACAUGGUCCCCUUUGCGUAUGUCGUAGUCGACAAGAUCCCGGCCGAUCAAAAGACCCUGCCCCAGCUCGCCUCCUCGAUCCCUCUCGAGCUGCUUACUGAGCUGCGCGCCGGCAUCAAAGACGCCUGGACGAAGACGGCGCCGCAAGCAGUCCUGACGCCGGAAGAGGCCGUGCUGCGCUCCGCAUGGGCGACCAUCCUCGGCAUCCCGGCCGCGGAGAUCGACGUCGACGACAACUUCUUCCGCCGUGGUGGUGACUCGGUUCUCGCCAUGAAGCUGGUGGCGAGCCUACGCACGCAGGGCCACAGGCUCUCGGUCGCGGACGUGUUCCAGUACAUGCGGCUGGGCGACGCGGCCAAGGCGCUGAAGCUGGACCAGCGGGCUUCUGCGGCGGCGAAGGCGGCAAAGGCGCAGCCGUACGCGCCAUUUUCGAUGCUGGGGCCGGUGAAUGUCGAGGCAUUUGUCACGAAGCAUGUUCUUCCGAAGCUGGCGGAUCCGGAGUGGGUCGUCCAGGACGUGUAUCCCGUGACGGAUAUGCAGGCGCUGGAUGUCAGGGCUACAGUCGACGCGCCGCGCACUUCGGUCCAGUACACCCUGCUCUACUUCGACGCCAGCGUGGACGCGGAGCAGCUGCUGCGCGCGUGCAAGGAGCUCGUCCGCACGCACGACAUCUUGCGCACCGUCUUCAUCGAGAACGAGUCAGGCCAGCUGCAGCAAGUCGUCCUACGCGCGCUGGACCCCGCGCCAGUAACGACGCAGCAAUCCAACGGCACGGGGCUCGAGCAGGCCGUCAAAGACCUCUGCGCCGCAGACGCGGACGCGCCGCUCCCGCUCGGCGCCCCCUUCACGAAAAUGGUCCACGUCCAGGCCGACGACGGCACCAGCUGCCUCGUGCUGCGCCUCUCGCACGCCCAGUACGACGGCGUCGCGCUCCCACGCCUGCUGCGCGACCUCGAGGCGCUAUACUCAGGCGCGGCGCUCGCGCCCUUCGCCCCCUUCGCGCCGUACCUUGCGCGCGCGCGCGCCGAGCCCGUCCGCGCCGCCGCGCUGGCCCACUGGCGCAGCGUCCUGGCCGGCAGCGCCGGGCCUUCUGUUCUCGUUGGUCCCCCCGAUGCCGCUGCCAAAGAAACCAAGACCGCGGUCUUCCGCUCUGCGCCCGUGGACCUCGCGCGCCGCCCGGCAGAAGUCACGGAGGCGACGCUCCUGACGGCCGCGUGGGCGCUAGUGCUGGCGCGCAGGCUGCGCACCACGGACGUCCUGUUCGGCGCGGUGUCGGCUGGGCGCGGCGGGGGCGUGGACCUCGACGCGGUGGCGGCGGAUGUUGACGUCGACGGCGUCGUCGGGCCCUGCUAUGGUUUCGCGCCUGUGAGGGUCGUGUUCGAGCAUUCGUGGCGCGCGCGCGACCUCCUGCGCGAGGUGCAGGCGCAGGCGGCGCGGGGCGCGGCGUUCGAUUUCGUGGGGUUUGCGGACGUUGCUGGCGCUUGUGGCUUCGGUAUCGAGUCUGGAUCUCAAGCUGAAGCUGUGAAGAACGGCUGGUUCGACUCGGUAGUGCAUCACCAGCCGGCGGGGGAGACGGACGAGGAUUCCUUUCCUUUUGCGGAAGGGGCGUGUAGGGUGGGUCUUGAGAAGCCGGGCGGAGAUGCGGCGGUGCCGUUGAAGGUGGUGAGUUUUGUGCAGGAUGGGGGGGGGAGGUUGGGGGGGGUUGGGUUGGGUGAGGAUGGUGAGGGUGAGGGUGAGGAUGGGUUCGUGCAGGGCGUGCUUGGGGAGGUGGUGGCUGCUGUUGGUGAGCUGCUUGAGGGUGGUGGGGAGGGGGAGUUGGUGCUUCUUUGA